CAUGAGAUGCAAAAAAAUAAACUGAAAAUUUAAAAGCUGUAACAUUGAAGUCUAUCAUGAAUGUCAAAACGGGACAAACAGCUGUCAAUAUCGUAAACAGAAAUUUGUGACAAUCAGUACAUAUGAAUCCUAAACAUUUAGUGUAUAUUGGCCAAUAAAUCAAAGAAUAGAAUAGAAUAGCGUAUAUUAUUAUGAUUGAUUUAUUCUAUGAAAGCAGAAAAUUAAUAAAUAUCAUACAUUGAACUGAAAUGAUAUUUGAUAGGAAGGAACAAAAACAAGUCUCAUAUUCAUACGAACAACAGCUGAAUCACAAACGUUAUUUGGAUGAAUUGAAACAAGAAUUCUUGCGAUUGUACAACACCUCUUCAAAGUAUGAAAAGAGCGUAGAUGAUUAUGAUGUCGUCAAAAUCUUAGGGGUUGGAUCGUUUGGUACUGUUUUUCUCGUACGUGAUAAAUCAACUCUACAUUAUAGUGCCAUGAAAGCAUUCGAUAAAACUCAAGUAGUUAAGAAGAAAAACGUCAAACAAGUUAUCCUAGAGAGGAAGAUACUGCAGAGUAUAACAUUCCCCUUUUUAAUAUCACUUGUUUGUUCAUGUAAAGACAAUUUAUAUCUCUAUUUACUGUUACCAUUUGAAGCUGGUGGUGAAUUGUUCACGUUAAUCAAACGUAUGGGAAAUCUGUCGGAACCGCUGGCACAAUUUUAUGCAGCUCAAAUAGUGUUGGCCCUGGAAUACCUUCAUCAUUGCUGUAUUAUACACAGGGACGUCAAACCAGAGAAUAUACUUAUAAACGAAUCCGGUUACAUUAAACUUGCUGAUUUUGGUUUUUGUAAAGUGAUAAAGAGCAGGACUUGGACGAUAUGCGGCACUCCAGAGUAUAUAGCGCCGGAAAUUAUAUUAUCCAAAGGUUAUACGUACUCCGUUGAUUGGUGGUCCUUGGGAAUACUGAUAUUCGAAAUGAGUGCGGGAUACCCUCCCUUUUAUCAUUCAGAUACAAUGAAGCUUUAUGAGAAAAUUCUUAGCGGGGUCUUCAAGACCCCAGAUUACGUCACGCCACAAUGCAAAACUUUAAUGAAACAUCUUUUGGACACCGACCCCAGUAAACGAUAUGGUUCCCUCAAAGCUGGCGUCUACGAUAUUAAGAGUCACGUCUGGUUUGAAGACACCAAUUGGCAUUUGAUUUUGCAUCAAAAAAUGUAUCCACCAUUCAUACCCGUCCUUAAAAAUCACGGCGAUACGUCAAACUUUCGAGAACUGAGUGAUAUUAAACUGAAAAAAAUAUCAUCGUGUCUAUUUCAAAAGGAAUUUGAAAAUUUUUAGUUAUACAAAUAUUAAUAUUUAUUGUAAAAAUCAUUUUAAUCCAUAAUUAUAUAAAUAAA